AUGUCAUCUAUAGAGCCCACUGAAGAUCCAGUAACAACUAGUGCCGCUGAUGACAAUGAGCCUAUCCCAACCACGAGCGAAGAAUCAGACACAGCAUCAUCAUCUCCUCCUGAAACAUCAUCGAACGAUGAUAAUACCCCUUCACAAACUUCUUCAGAAGAGCAACCACCCACACCAACAGAGUCUGAUUCAACGACCACCUCAGAGCCAUCGGAUUCAUCACCACCUCCUGAAAGCACAACCGAAGAAUCAUCACAACCACCGCCAUCUGACACAACAAGCGAUUCACCACCGCCAUCAUCAUCAUCAAUAUCAGAAACAACGUCUGAAGCCCCAUCUUCUACUACUACUGAUCCAGGAGAAAGUAGUACAACACAGCCACCUCAAACAAGCGACAUCACAACACCUCCUCCAGAAACGACAUCAUCAUCGCCAUCAGAGCCAAGUGACCAAAGCAGUGAUCCACCCGAACAAACAUCAACCAGUGCAACGCCACCACCAUCAACAACCGAUGCAGUAUCCCAUGAUCCCACGCCAACUAACAAGCAACAUACCACGUGGAUUACAAUAUCCACCAGCAUCACGACGGUGUCCCAGAUUGUUGAUAAUGGAGGUGUUACUCGUACAGUGACGACAGUGAUUCCAACCACAACGGUUGUUCCCUCUUUGGCAGGUGGAGAUAUGCAAGGGGAUGAUAGUAAUGGUAGCGGCAGUAAAGUGAACACUGGAGUCGUUGUCGGCAGCGUUAUUGGUGGCGUAGUCUUUUUAGCCAUUGUGGUAGCAUCAGCGGUCUAUUUUGUAAGGCGAAAACGACGUUCUGGAAUAUUAUUACAACGCAAUGGUGGUGGAAGAAGGAGUCGACAAAUGGAUGACGAUGAUGAAGAUGAUGAUUUUUAUCAAGAUCCAUAUCAUCAUAAUACGCGUUUCCAACCUGGUGGAUUCCCUGGCACAGGAGAAGAUAUGGGAUUUUCAUACAAGGAAACGAAUAGCAGUCGAUCUUCAUGGUGGUCUAGUUUAUUACGUAGAUCUGUAUAG